AUGGUGGCUCUGGGCCAGAACAUGGCUGAGUAUGACCUGAAGGACAUCUCGUACAAGGUGCGGAGCCCCACGUGCCAUGAGCUGGCGGUGCCCGGCUCCACAGAUGAGCCUCUGGUGCUGAACUUCGAGGAGGAGCGGGAGGCCCAGAAGUGGUGGACGAUCGUCAGCAGCUCCUUGCGGGAGGUGCAGAAGGCCUCGGACAGCACGCUGGCAUCCCAGGACUCAUCCCUGCCUGCAGCUGCUGGGGGGGGCUCUGCAGACCAGGAGCUGGAGGCUGCUCCGUAUUCGGAGCUUUCCGAGAAAGAGGAACUGGCCCUGCAGCUCGCCCAGGCCAUCGAAUUUGGUGAUGAGGAGGCGGCCUCACUCUGUGCGGCAGCUCUGGCGCGCCAGCAGGCCACGCUCAGCAUCCUCUGGAAGGAGUCCAACUACCCCACAGAGGACAUCAGCAUGAAGGUUGUGGUGGAGGAUGCCACAUCUUCGGCCAGCGUCACCAUCAGGGUUCGUGCUCACACUACCAUCGCCACGCUCAAGCAGCAGGUUUUCCUGGAUUACGGGUUCCACCCCUUGGUUCAGCGCUGGAUCAUCGGGCAGUGCCUGUGUGUGGACGAGCGGACCGUUGGCUCCUAUGGCAUCCGCGGCAACGGCGACACGGCCUUCCUGUACCUGCUGUCAGCGCACACGGCCGAGCUGACGGAGCAGCAGUACGAGGAGGACCAGGCACGGGUCAUGCUCAGCUGCACCUCCUCACCCACUGAGGACUCUGCCGUGGCACGCAGAUACAACACCCUGCCCAGCACCUCUCCCAGGAAAGGCUGGGGCAGUGAAGCCAGCAGGAGAAUGGACAUCAGGGAGAUCAGCCAGCACCUGGACACGCUGCAGAUUGGUGACCUGGUCAGUGGCCAGCCUAAGGCUGCUGCCACCAGCCCACCCUCACCGGUGCAGGCGGGCUGGGCCUGUCCCAAAUGCACCUUCAUCAACAAACCCACACGGCCGGGCUGCGAGAUGUGCAGCACCGACCGUCCUGACGACUAUGUGGUCCCCGGUGGCUACAAACCAGACGAGACAGAGCUGUGGAGGAUGCAGCAGGAGCAGGAGGGGAUCCGGCAGUACCAGCAGGCACUGGAGGCCGAGCGGCUUCGGAACUUCCAGCAGCUGCUGCAGGCGGAACAGGAGGUGCUGGUGCCCAACCGGGACGUGCUGGAAUGUCGCAUCUGCUACCAGCAGGUGGCCCCGGGCGAGGGGGUGCUGCUGCGCGAGUGUCUGCACAACUUCUGCAGGGAGUGUCUGCGCCAGGUGAUCAACUACAGUGAGGAGCCACAGGUGGCCUGUCCCUUCCGUGACGACUCCUAUGCCUGCGGCAGCCACCUCCAGGAGCGGGAGAUCCGGGCGCUGGUGUCGCCAGAGGAGUACCGGCGGUUCCUGGAGAGGAGCCUGGUGCUGGCCGAGCGGCGCAGCCACAACAGCUUCCACUGCAAGACCACUGACUGCCGUGGCUGGUGCAUCUACGAGGAUUCAGUCAACGAGUUCCGCUGCCCCAUCUGCCAGGCCCUCAACUGCCUCCUCUGCAAGGCCAUCCACGAAGGGAAGAACUGCCGCCAGUACCAGGAUGACCUCCGGGUCCAGGCACAGAACGACUCGGCUGCCCGGCAGACCAACGACAUGCUGCAGACCCUGGUGCAGCUUGGGGAGGCCAUGCACUGCCCCACGUGCCUGAUCAUUGUCCAGAAGAAGGACGGAUGCGACUGGAUCCGCUGCACUGUCUGCCAGACCGAGAUCUGCUGGGUGACCAAGGGGCCACGCUGGGGGCCCGGGGGUCCUGGGGACACCAGUGGUGGAUGUCGCUGCAAUGUCAAUGGGCAGAGGUGCCACCCCCGCUGCCAGAACUGCCACUGA